GCCCCCCGCCCCUUUCUUGCCUCCAUGCGCGCCCCGGUUCCCGACUCCAACUCGGAGUGAGCCCCGGGCACAGACGAGCCUCGGCGGGGGAGCGAGAACGAUGGAGGAGCGGCUCGGAGGGAGACUCCUGUGGCUGGCCGCGUUGUCCGGCGUCCUCUGCAUGGACAUGGUACUCGGGAAAUAUGUCAAAGGCGUCGUGGACACCAAGGAGGACUGGGUUUUCCUCACGCGCUUCUGCUUCCUCACCGACUUUGGACGCCUGGAUUUCCGGUUCCGUUACCCCAAGUCUCGCUGCUGUCAGAACAUCUUACUCUACUUUGACGAUGCUUCUCAGUGGCCGGCUGUGUACAAGAGGCCCGAAAAGAACUGCUACCAGAAGGAGGCGGUGCUGCGGCCCGAAAACAACCAGGUCAUCAACCUCACCACCCGCUACACCUGGUCGGGAUGCGCGGUUGAGGGUGACGACGGCGGCGAAGAGGUGCUGAGCUGCGUGGGUGGCCGCAGCUUCCGCUCGGUGAGGGAGAGGUGGUGGUACAUCGCGCUCAGCAAAUGCGGGGGCGACGGCCUUCAGUUAGAGUACGAGAUGAAGCUGACCAACGGCCAGUCUUUCUGGACGCAGCACUUCUCCGCCGAUGAGUUCGGAAUCCUGGAGACGGACAUCACCUUCCUGGUCAUCUUCUCCGUGGUCUUCCUGCUGUCCUGCUACUUUGCCUACAAUCUGAAGGGCAGACAGCUUCUCCACACCACCUACAAAAUGUUCAUGACAGCCGCAGGUGUGGAGGUGCUCAGCCUGCUGUUCCACUGCGUCUACUGGGGCCUCUACGCUCGGGAUGGCGUCGGCAACGGCAGCCUGAAAAUACUCGGGAAAUUACUCUUCUCACUCAGUUUCCUGGUGUUCCUGCUCAUGCUCAUUCUACUGGGCAAAGGUUUCACUGUCACCAGGGCAAGGAUCAGCCAUAGCGGCUCCAUCAAGCUGAGCAUCUACAUGACCGUCUACACAAUCACCUACGUCAUCCUCUUCAUCUACGAGGCCGAGUUCUUUGAUCCCGGCGAGGUUCUGUACGCCUACGACAGCCCGGCGGGCUAUGGGCUGAUGGGCCUGCAGCUUUUGGCCUAUGUGUGGUUCUGCUACGCCGUGCUGGUGUCGCUCAAGCACUACCCCGAAAAGCAGCCCUUCUAUGUGCCUUUCUUCACAACCUACACUCUAUGGUUCUUUGCUGUUCCGGUGAUGGCUCUCAUCGCCAACUUCGGCAUCCCCCGUUGGGCUCGAGAGAAGAUCGUCAACGGCAUCCAGCUGGGCAUCCACCUCUACGCUCACAUCGUCUUCCUGGUGAUAACGCGCCCGUCGGCCGCCAACAAGAACUUCCCGUACCACGUGCGCACCUCUCAGAUCGGGAUCCUGCUGUCCAGUCCCAAAGGAGGGGAGGGCGGCGAGAGCUUCCCGCACCACGCCUACGGCAACGGCUCCUUCCUGGGAGACUCGCAGCCCAACUUCACCGAGCUCUUCUCCAUCCACUCAGAUCCUGUCAAGACGGUGGAGGAAACGGUGCCGCGGAAGGUCCCAGACGUGCCGAAGAACAGCGAGCACAAGAUAAUAACCACCUCGGCCGCCGUCGACGACCUGGCGUCCAUUUUACCGCCACUCCCACCCCCCAUCCGGCCGCGGACGGCCGCCAUUGCCGCACGCUCGCCCCCACCCCCCAUGCGGCUCCCGUCCUUCACAGAGUACUUCAGUAUGCAAGGUGGCGUCGUGGGAGGAGGUGGCGUCGCGGGAGGAGGCGGAGGUGGUGUCGCGGGAGGAGGCGGCGGCGGCUUCGGAUCAAAGGCGUGAAAACGGGAGGACAGAGUGAGUACAAAAUUGAGACAUUACGGAAGGAGCCCACAAAAGCGCUCGUUACAAGAGAAGCAAUAAAUAUUUGACCAAUAGAAGGAACUCUGAGCACCACGCGGGAAAAAAAAAAGAGAAAAGACCCAAAUCGUUUUUUUUGUUUUUGUUUUGUAUUUCAUAAUUGUAAAUAGCUUGACAGCAGAGCUACCGCUCUCAUUUUGAUUUUCUACCUUAGUUGUAUUUAAGUUCCAAAGUUCACGGCAUCACAUUUCACUUCUUUUCGAAAAGAAGCGCUACUAUUUUUAAUGGUUUUUAUGUUUCUACAGCACACAUUUGGAUUAUAGAAAAUGCUAUUUAUUUUUAUUAUGAGUCUUGUUCAUUUCUGUAGUGGUAGCAUGACUUUUGAGAGGAUUUGGGGAGGCGGAGGGGAGAUCUCAAAAGUUUCAAGGCACCGCUUUUUAUUGUUCUUCGGCUUCAUCACAGCUGGUUCUUCCGGUUGAGUGAAAUGCUGUAAAUGUUCAAUGUCUCUUCUGGUAUUUUGGAGGGACAAAAACACGCAUGUUUGUGUCGUAUUCCCCUCUAUAAAUCCGCUCUCUAUAUUCAGUAUUAGCUUAUGGUAUGUAUUAAACAUUUAGCUUCUGUAUUAAUACACACAAUAGGCUUCGGUGUUCUAAUAAUCUGUCAUGUUUUUCAUCGUAAAAUUACAAUUUUGGGAUUUUACAGGUCUUUAUCCAAAUGGUCAAAAGAUCAAGGCUCAUAGCCAGCCGAAUAACCGUCUUGCUAACUCGCUAAAACAACUUGUCGUUUUUACACCUAAGUGUCCCCUAAUUGCUUACGGAAAGAUAGGCAAGAUAAUUCCCGCCUGAAAUCAACAUGAAUGUUUUAUUGUGCUUACAUUGUCUCAAUUCCGUGGAUAGCUGCGGUGGCUAAUGCUAGCAAGUAUCCCGUAGCGUUGCGUCCAAGUCGGUGAGGUCCAAUUAAAUUCUGGACUCAAAUUGAGUUAAAAAGACAAAUAAGAAACAGUUUGUGUGCAGCCUUGGCUGUGUUGUUUUAAGUGUUUUUCGGAAUGUAUUUAGCAUGAUUUGGCUAACUCUGCGGAAGGGCUAGCUUCACAAACACAACCCUUUUGCACCCACCCAAGUGUUCAAACUGUGUCAGCAUUUGAAUUUCUGGUUUAACGUCAAACUACUACUACUACUACUACUCCGACGAUGUGUAGAAAAGCAACAAGUGUCCAUUUUGUGUGUCCUGCAUGGAGCACUUUAAUGUUGCUGGUCUUGUUUAUUUGUAAUGUUGUCACCUUGCUACUUUGUUGUUGCCACAGCGAGACACAUGCUCAAGUGUGCACAUGUAAAUAUCACCCGAGUGUGGUGGCGAUUGUACCACCAGCUUCUGUUAAAACAAAUUAGGACAAAAGAAAGAAGUCGUGGGCAGUAUGAGAAAAUGGCAUCGGCGUUGAUACAUUAACAACAGUUUUCGUUAUUUUCGAGCUCCAAGUACAACUUUGGAGUUUUUAAUACAAUGUGUGUCAUUUAAAACCUUUUGUGAUAAAAAGAAAUACAAAAAUUCAAUAGUGAACCCCCAUUUAGCCCGCCAGAUACGUUCAUGAUAAGUUAAAACAGGCCCUCCAAUAUAAUAACACACUUGAAAAUAUUCCUUUGCGCCUCUUCUCAUGUAGCGAUAAACAGUAUCGUAUGACAUCGCUUUGAGGAAAUGUAACGACUCCUUACCUCAGUGGAGCCAGGAUGCUUGCUUCAAACGUUUUGAAAUGUUUACUGUGAAACGGACCCACAAAACAAAAGAGAAUUAAACAUUGUAUAUUUAAAUACGAAAAUGUUCAACCAAACCAUGUUGUUUUGUUUUAACAACACAAACGGACAGUGUGCUUUUAAACCGAUGGCACACAAUUAUAAAUGUGUUCUCGUUUAGAUUUCAAGUGGUAUACAAACGAACAGCGAUUGCUGUGUUGUCUCCCGCACCCCUGGCUUAAGAUUUCAGUACAAAGCAAUACUGGAAUGACUUGUUGUAUCGUGCGUAUAUGUGAUGACUCGUCUUAUGUAUGUUAUGUCUCUUUUUGUUCCGUCGCCAUAAUUGCACACCCGAUCGCUGCUUUGCGCACACAAACAAACACACACACAGGUGGAGUGUUGAACUGGACAAGAUGAUGAUUUAUGUACGCAUGACAGAGAAGAGCACAGCUUUUUUUUUUUUUUUUUUAAAGCUCCUCCGGGUAAGAGCACAUAAUACUGAAGGAAGCACUGUUUAAAUGCAUUUUAAUGGUGUCAAAUAUGCUGUAGAUUAUGAUACAGUUUUGGCCAAAAUAAUAAUUAAAACAUGUUUUACUACA